AUGUGUCGUGCCCUUGUUGGAGUCGGGGCGGUGCGCGCGCUUCUCGAUUUGAUUCGAGACCAACUCGAUUUUGGACAAAUUGAUAAUUUGAAGCCAUCUCGAAGCGUACUUUCGCUGCCCUCGCCGUCAGCCAGGCCGCCAUUUGCCUCGCAGGCCUCACCAAGUGCUGCAGCUCGGUCUUACUGCCGUCUGCAACGUGAAUGCACUGGCGACUCAGCCUUCCCGCAUACAUCGCUCAACUCUGCCGUCAACACGGUCAACCACUUCAUCAAUUCAAGUUAUGCGGAGCGCGAUAUACAACUCGAGGAGACGCACUUAUCCCUUCUGCGCUCGCUACUGAAUUGUCUGUGGUAUGCCGGUCAGGUGUGCGGGGCAGCCGUCAGCCCGUUGAUUUGUGACCGCUAUGGGCGAAAAGCGGCGUACAUGAUCUCUAUCUUCAUGAUGACCCUGGCUGGUAGCGUGCAGACCGUUGCCGCUCUCACCAGCUACCCCGAGGUGCUAGCUUUUGGAAGGAUCUUGUCGGCCGUCUUUUCUCCAUUAAGCGAUGCGGCACUGAUUCUCUACCUACAGGAGAUUUCUCCGGCUGCUCUGCGUGGGACGAUGUCAUCACUGUAUUCGACCGGCUAUUGCGUGAUCGGGUUGAUCGGCAUGAUCGUGGGCCACGAGCUUGUCCUAGGGCAUUCUCUCUUCUUACUGCUGGCAAUCCCGGCCCUCGUUGGGAUCCCGUCCAUCUUGUUCAGCGUCUUUAUGCCCGAGACCCCGAAAUACCUAUGGCUGUCGAAACACAACCAAGCGGGUGCCCUGAAGUCGUUGAAAUUUUUCCGCGGCAACUUCAGCAACCACACGAAUGAGUUGGAAGAGAUGAUCCGGGAGUCCGAUGAGAUCAACACGAGCAAAACAGACGGAUUGGGAUUUACGUCAAUGCUUUUCUCGAAGACGAUGCGGGCCGCAUUCGGCUUGUCGAUUUCCGUGCUUUGCCUCACCCUUCCAUUCUACCCACUUUUCCAAGGGAGCACGUACUUUUUCCUGCAGCUGGGCGUUGAAAGUAAUGUUGCCCAGCUUUCCUCGUCUGCGUUGAUGGUCGUCCUCACUAUUGCAUGCAUUCUCUCCACGGUCCUUAUUGAUCGUUUCCCCCGUCGAGCUCUUCUGCUAACUUCUGGUUUCGCGGGUGUCUUCUCACUUUCCAUGUUUGUACUUUGUGCCACCGUACGGGAACCCCUCGGUGCGAUGUGCUCUACUUAUGCUUUCAUUUUUGCUUAUGGAAUCGGUAUCGGGCCAAUUGCAUGGAUGGUUCCCGCCGAGCUUGUCCCCCUCUCUAGUAGGUCAAUGAUGUUCUGCACGUGCUACGCUGUUCACAGCGUUUUGGUGGUAAUAACGAGCUUCAUCACGGUGCCGCUUUGCGACUUGUACGGCGCCUCGGCCUUCGUCCCGAUCUUCAUACUGCCGUCGAUUGUUGCCCUUCUCUACAUUGCUUUAUACUUACCUGAAACCAAGGGGCGGGCUAUCCACGAGAUUUUGGCAGCCCUUCGGAAUGGACACAAGAUUUCGCCAACCCUCGAC